GAUUUAAGUCUCCUCGUUCCGUUGAAAAUGGAGUUUGAAAUUUCAUACAACUUGUUUUCAUUGUCUUUUUGAUAUCCAGAUGAGAUAGGAAGUCAUUCUGUUGUUUAUUUGAUUCUGGAUAAGGAAAGUAGUUUCCCAGAGGUUAAGUAACUUGAUCCUUGUCAGCCAGCAAAAUGCAGAGUGAGGAUUCAAAACUGAGUUUAAAAGCUUAUGUUCUGUUACUUAUACAUACCAUGGUGUUUCUUCAGGGCUGGGAGUAGUCACAGGAGAGCGUAGUUGUAUGAUCAAAGGAACCUUGGUCUCACUGGAUAUUUGUCACAGAGGUGGGUACAUCUUAAGCAGCAAGUGAUGUCCUGAAACAUUUUUCAAAUUUCGCUUGAUGGACCACUAGGAACUUCAUGAUCUUUUACAGCUUCCAAGUUUCCUCGCUUCUUACUGCCCCCAACCCUCUUCUUUCAUUUUUUCCUUUCUUCUAUGUGACCCAAAACGGAGACUGUAGGUAGAUAAAGUUUCUAUUCUCAUUUUUUAUUUUCUUUUGAUUUUUCCUUUUUAGAACAGGACUCAUUAAUGUAAUAUGUGUUCUCCUUUUGUUUUGUUAAAGGGGACCUCUAGUCAGAUUUUCUGUGAAGCUGAGGGAUAAGUGGGUAAAAUCAAGUUUCUUUUCUUAUCUGUUUUCACAAGUUUAGAGUGCUUGAGUUUCCUGAAACAGAAAGAUCUAAAACCAGUAACUGCUGCUGUUGACUCUGACAGCCUCCUCAGCCCUGAACAUUGCUGUGCCCUUCUUGAAUACAGUGUUGGUGGAUUUGUUUGUGAAUGUUUCUGAGAGUGUAAAGGUUACUCUCACACAUAUGUUUACUCUGUGAAGAUAAGAUUCUGGUGAAAAUAGAAUUGAACUGUGCCAUGUUCUCCAUCUUAGUAUUUCUGUGUAGACCAGUCUAGUUUUCAGAGAUUAUUGGUAGUUGUUACUCUAUUAAAAAAAAAAAAAAAAGAAAAAGAAGGCUUGAUUGCUAACAGUUAAGGUCAUUGUGGGUCAGAUUUAGUUGCUUAUACAUACAGGUCUUGUAUAUAAAUUCUGACUUGUGUGUUUUUCUGGUUUUACCUGGGAAGAUUUGUGAGAGACUCAGGGUGGAGAGUAGACAGGGAAAAUGAUGGUGCUUCAAAAUGAUGUAUCCCAUUGACUAUUUCCUCUGAAGAGGACAACGCAAGGGGAGAGGCAAAGCACAGAGAGCUGCAGAUCAGACCUUCCUGAGCCUCCCUGCCUGGAGCAGCUGAGACCUCUGGAGAAUGCUGGCUGUCAGGCCCUCCCUCUGAUGUGGGAAGGCUGGUGUCCAUGGGACAGCUUCCUGGCUCCUGGGUCCACCAUGGCCUCCAUUCUUUGACUGGACAGCUGACGUGACCAGUGCCCCCAGCGUAUGUGCUGCUGGACUGGGUGCCGUGUCAGGUACCACCUGCUCUCAGGCUGGGAGCCAGGCUGGUCAGCGUCAGAUGCUCCCAGAAGCCAGACAGCAGCAGAUGGCCUCAAGCAAGCUGAGAUGGAGGUGACCUGAGGCCUCCUGGACGUUCCUGGGGACAGGACAGCUGAGGAGCUGGAGCCAGGCCUGCUGGGGAGCAGUAUGCAGGAAGCUGGCUCUCAGGCCACGAAUGCUUUCACAGAGUGCAAAUUCACCUGCACCAGCGGGCAGUGCUUGUAUCUGGGUUCCCUGGUCUGUAACCAGCAGAACGACUGUGGGGACAACAGUGACGAAGAAAACUGCCUCCUGGUGACAGAGCACCCCCCUCCGGGCAUCUUCAGCUCGGAGCUGGAGUUCGCUCAGGUGGUUGUGGUGGUGGUGGUGGUCACAGUGAUGGUCGUGGUCAUCUUCUGCCUGCUGAACCACUACAGAGCAUCCACCCGGUCCUUCAUCCACCGCCCGGGGCAGGGCCAGAGGCAGGAGGACAGGCCGCAGCUGGAAGGGUGCCUGUGGCCUUCAGACGGCUCUGAACCUCGGCCCACCUCAGAGACCAUGUAUGCCCCGCGGUCCAGGGAUGGGGUGACUGCCCCACCUUUUCUCCAGAGGGAUCGGUUCAGCCGCUUCCAGCCCACCUACCCCUACGUGCAGCACGAGAUUGACCUUCCCCCCACCAUCUCCCUGUCGGACGGGGAGGAGCCGCCUCCUUACCAGGGGCCCUGCACCCUGCAGCUCCGGGACCCUGAACAGCAGAUGGAACUCAACCGAGAGUCGGUGCGGGCACCGCCCAACCGAACUGUAUUUGACAGCGACUUGAUAGGUGUAUCCGUGUACAGUGGGGGCCCAUGCCCACCCAGCAGCAAUUCAGGCAUCAGUGCCAGCACCUGCAGUAGUACUGGGAGGAUGGCGGGGCCGCCCCCGGCCUACAGUGAGGCGAUGGGCCACUACCCGGCUGCCACUCCCUCCCACCCCCAGCACAGCAGCGCACACAGCGGGAGCAGACUGCUGCUCCAGCGGGAAGGCCCUGGAGCACGGAGCUGCCCGACCAGGGCACGGACAGGAAGCCCAGGGAGUGCGUCUGACCUGUGAGCACACCUGAUGUGAGAAAAGAAAUGGGGGCGUCGCAUCACAGCAGAACUCAGUAAAACAGAACAGUUCUUUUCAGGGGAACCACACGCAGAAGGGAAUAGUGUAAACCUCCAGUCUGGCCACAACAGUAUUCACCUGCGGCAGAGACGGGACAGGGCUGGUUUUGGCGAAGUGUGGGCAUGAGAACACAAAAGGGUGCUUUGAAGACACCAUGAAAUAAAACCCACGAGGUAUUUGACUUUAAUGUGAAAGCAGAGGCCAGAAUGCCUGUUUUACAAUUAACCGAAUACAGAGGAAAAUGUUAUACAUUAUGGGGAAGAUUCGCUAGUUUGCUUCCCCCCCGAACUGUGGAACUUUUGUUUUAAAAAAAUAUGAUUCUAAGUUUCUGCUUUGUGUGCCAAGGUAUAAAGUGAAGUCAGAUGAAUGCAAGGAGUUAAAUCUGUGUUGUGAUGCCGUGUUUUUAGAAAUUGCACUAUCUUCAUUGUUUAACAUGAGGAAGCUUUAUGUGAAGUCCUGUAUGUUGUUUUCUCACCUAUGCAUCAUUAGGCCCCAUAAUAAUGUUCCCCCCAUAAUUGUGCAGGAAAGGGUGUUUGGGGAGGUAGCCUAACAUACUGCUAACUUACACUUGUGAAGAGAGUCAUCACAGGGCAUGCAUCACCAAGGCACCUGCAGACUGGAUGGAGCAGAGGAAACUCCCGCAUCCCUGGUGGGUCGAGUGCCUCCAGCCUCAGGCUGUGUGUUUUACGCCUGCAUUCACACAUCACACAGUGCUGCCCUAGUGCUCCAGCAGGGCACUUUCUGUAGUAAUUGAUUUUUUUUUCACUGUAGCAUGAAAUAUACUCAGAUAAUAUACUAUUUUAUGCAAUAAAUUGUUUAAAAUGCAA